AUGUCCCAGGAUCUGACUGAUUCCAACAGUUCUAGCUUCCAAGUGUCUGAGUUCGUUCUGAUGGGAUUUCCAGGCAUCCACAGCUGGCAGCACUGGCUCUCCCUGCCCCUGGCUCUGCUCUAUAUCUUGGCCCUCACAGCCAACACACUUAUCAUUACUGUAAUCUACCAGGAAGUGUCACUACACCAGCCUAUGUACUAUUUCCUGGGCAUCCUGGCUAUAGUAGACAUGGGCUUGGCAACCACCAUCAUGCCUAAGAUUUUAGCCAUCUUAUGGUUCAAUGCUAAGGCCAUCAGUUUCAACGAGUGCUUUGCUCAAAUGUACGCCAUCCAUGUUUUUGUUGCCAUGGAGUCAGGUAUCUUUGUCUGCAUGGCCGUAGAUAGGUAUGUGGCGAUUUGCAGACCACUGAGGUACUCUUCAGUUGUUACUGACUCUUUUGUGGUCAAAGCAACUGUGUUUAUGGCCCUCAGAAAUUGUGUGGCUCCCUUGUCAGUACCUGUGUUGGCUGCCCAGAGAAAUUACUGUUCCAGGAAUAAAAUCGAACACUGCCUGUGCUCUAACCUAGGGGUCACUAGUCUUUCCUGUGACGACAGGAAAAUCAACAGCAUCAACCAGCUGCUCCUGGCUUGGGCAGUCAUGGGAAGUGACCUGGGUUUGAUUGUGAUUUCAUAUGCUUUGAUUCUUCGGUCUGUGUUGAAGCUGAACUCUGCAGAAGCUGCAUCUAAGGCCUUAAGUACCUGCACUUCUCACCUCAUCUUAAUCCUUUUCUUCUACACAGUCAUCAUUGUCCUGUCCAUCACUCAUAGUGCAGGAAUGAAAAUUCCUCUUAUCCCAGUUUUGCUGAAUGUGCUGCACAAUGUAAUUCCCCCUGCUCUGAACCCCAUGGUGUAUGCACUCAAGAACAAAGAGCUAAAACAAAGCUUAUACAGAGUGACUGGCCUCUGUCUUAAGAGUAACUAUGAACGAGAACGCGCUCUCUUUCUUUCUCUACAUUUACCCUUUGUAUCUCCGAUGACAACAAGUGAUAAAGUAAAUACUAUAGACCCUGGGAGAGCUGUGAUUUAA